UUGUUUCGUCUCGUUUGUCUCUGUCGCAGGGGAUACCCACACACGUAAGUGCUAACGCGGUCUCUGGUCGAACGCUCCAUUCACAGCGCCUGUCAUCAUUUCAACAUUGUCCCCGACACUACAGGAUACCUACUUCUAACUACUUUGCCGAGUCAACUCACUUCAACUUUGUUGUUGCUGUGUUUUCCAGUUGCGAGGAUGGCGACCAGCAAUCAGGUGUACAAGGAGUUCACCGGAAGUGUGGUGGAGUUUAUGGGCCGUUACAAAGCUAUUGUGGAAUUGCAUGACUUAAAACAGCGGGCUUUGCUCAAGGUGGAGAAGUUCACCUGUAAGCUUGGUCUUAAGCUUGGUAGUUCUGAGGACCAUGCCAUUAAUGAGUUCGUUGAUAUUGGAUCUACCAUAAAAUGUUUGUGUCACAAAUACGAUGAGACAGCUGAACAUAAAUGUGCAUGGUUUAUUGCGGAAGUUCUUUCCGUUGGACACGAAUUGUCAGACCCUCGCCUACUUUCGGGCCUCUGCCCGACUAUGUUGAACAGAAUGGGCUGGGUUUCACACCUUGAGAAACGGCAAGGUGUUAUUACAUUUAAGGAUGACAAUGGUGACCAACAGGAGGCUUUAUUCCUGGCAAGCAAAUUUUACGAUGGAGGCAAACACAUAAAAGUCAAAACGCCUUUGGAACAAUUCAUUGCUGUGAAUGACAAAAUCUCAUUCGAUGCAGUUCCCAUAGACCCAGAGGAAAAUGAACAUUCCUGCUCUUGGUUUGCUACUUUGGCGUGGAAACGAAGUAAACCUGCCAUCAACUAUGAUGCCCCUACACCUGAUCCUGAUCCAAAUCUUGCUCAGAUUAAGAUGAUUGUUAAAAAUCCAAAAUCCCAUUUUAUUCGUGGAAAAGGCCAAAUAAUGCAAAUUCUGAGUGAAGGAUAUGGUAUUGCCUUAGGCGCUGUUAACAAGCAGCAGACUCAUUGGCAAAGCAUACUAUUUCACCGCUCUUGUGCCUCUCUCUUUAAGUAUAAUCUGGGCAAAGUAGAUAUUCGAAAAGUUUUCAAAGAGGGAGAUAAAGUACGCUUUAUUGCUGCAGCAGCGCCCAAAGGCUUCAGUGCACAAUGGGUUGCAUCACACAUAAGUAUAGAUGUUAUUGGUGAUGCCCGGAAACUCAUUGAUGGCCUUUAGUAUUUAAUUACUAUUUAUUUUUGUUUGAAUGGACAUGUGAUAAAUCGUAAUAAUUUGUGAUAAAAUUAAGGUAUUAGAUAUGGACCUUUAAGACUUGAUUUUAAAAGACACCUCCAUUCAAACAUGGAAUGCUACUAAAGGCUUUGCUGAUCUGCCAGUUUUCUCUAUUAUGGUGUAUUAUGUUUGAUUUUGACACUGUUAUGAAUCUAGAGCCGUUGAGUUAAGUUAGAUAAUCCUUUUGAGUUAAGUUACUCAAUCUUUAUUUUGAUUAGAAUAUUGACAUUUACAAUUGUUCAAUUUUUUUGCUUUUUUGUUGUUGGAGGAAUUGCCUUGUUUGCCAACAUAAUGUUGUAAGUCACUUUAUUAUUUCUUUUUUUCCCUAUAUCUGUACAUUUGCAAGAAGUAAGUCUGAUCAUAGCCUACACUUGGAGGGGUGUGUCAAUGUGCGUAGAGUCAAUAUUGAGCGACGGGUUAACCUGUGCAAAGCAUGAUUGGCACAGGGUUGAUCUUUCUUGUAUAGUUAAUGCUGACUCUUAGUAUUAACAUUGUAUUCAUUCUUUAAAAUUAUUGAUUUGUUAGUUCCUAGGAAUAAGAGAAUAAAGUUAUUUUCAUCAUA